AUGCCUGCCUCAGUAGCUUCCGCGCCGGUAAACCGCACAUCUGCCGCUACUUCACGCCCGAGGAAGGCCGCUUCAACCGCAGGAAAGAAUACAGCAAACGGCGUGUCAAACGGUGUUCAACACGCAUCGCCCUACACCAUCAUGGCAUCGAGGAUCGCAAACCGCGUCGCUGAGAUGGCGGAGAACAUGACAUUUGUCGAGCGCGAAAGGACCUCUUCGCAGCCAGAGAAGCAAGUCGAGCAGAAGCCCGCACAACGCAAGCCUCCCAGGAAACUCGAGAUGCGCCUUCCCAACUCAGGCCAAUCACCCACCAACAUCACCUUCAGUGCCCCUUUCCUCGACAACACGCUCUCGAAGCUGCUCGCGCUGCAGAACCGCAUGCUGACUGUCUCUAACGACAUUUCGGCAAGCGAGGACGUCGACGAAAAGACUAAGCAAGAGCAGUUUGCGCAGAGUGCUGAACUGAGCCGGAUCAUCGCGCUGAUCUGUGCCGAGAAGGCUAGGCAGAGUUAG